AUGAAGAGCUUCCUUGCAGCCACGCUCUUUUCCCAAGCGGCAUUGGCCUUUGCCCCGUGGUGGGAUGGUGCCCCAGACUGUGCACAAGACUGCUUCUCCUCAUGGUGGUCAUCCUCCACCGCCUGGCCAACCCCAACCGCCUACUGUUCCGCCAGUCAGGGCGCCUCCGUGUCCUCUUGUCUCGCGGCAGCCUGCUCAGCCACGCCCACGGCUGUGACCUCAUAUAGCUCGCUAUCCUCCUCCCUAUGCGCUCAGUGGUCGUCUUGUAGCGCUGCGGGAUCGACUGGCGUGUACACUAUCUCCGCACCUGAAAUCACCGCCGCAACCGGUACCUGGCCCAACCGUCCCGGUCAUUGGCGCGGCGACCCCAACGACCCCAACAACGACGACAACAACUGGAACUGGGACGAAAAGCACACCUCCCGCUACGCCCAAUGGACCCGCACUUGGUCCGGCGGCGCUUACACCGUCACCGGCUGCGAAUUCGACAACAGCCCCUGGGCCGGCGGACCGUGGGGUUUCGGCCCCGGCCACGGCGGCCCCGGUCUCGACUCCCCCUCUCGCGGACCCUGGGCGCCCUGGGGGAAGGGGUGGACUUGGCAUACUGUUACGAGGACUGUUACUAAAGUGGUAACUAUUUCUGAUGCUACUGCUACCGCGAGUCCGACGGGAACAGGGACAAGCAGCUGGACGGGGACAGACUCGAUCGAGCCGGGGGUGGUGUUGUCGACGAGUGUGGGGGUGGAGGUGUUGGCUUUGGCGGAGAGUGAUGGGAUUACUAGUACUAGUGUUGUGGCGUCGGGAGCUCAGGCCACGGAGACGACGGGGACAGGGACGGGGGGUGCGGCCGCCGCUACUGGUACUGGUACUGCUACGGGUACGGGGACGUCGGGUGGGACUGGGAUGAAGGAGGGGCUUGGGGUGAAGAUUUGUGGUGCUGUUUUGGGGGGGUUGGUGGUGGGUGUUGUUGUGUUUCUUUGA